AUGUUAAUAAAAGAAGAAGGGCUCUCAUUGGAUUAUCAUGUGAGACUCGACGAUGGUGCACUCGAUGAAUCUCCCGCGCAAUUCACCGUGCAUGUCCCACAUCCCAACUCCACGAUACGAACGGUGAUUGGAGGACUAGAAAAAGGACCGUCAGACGACCGUCAAACGCAUUUAUCUCUCUGUACCGUAUUGGAUGUCGUAUUCUAUGACAUCUCUGUCACCUCUCCGCCACCUUCUGUCCUGCUCACACCAUUCACGAAUACAUCGUAA